AUGCUAACCUUUUCCUUAAACUUUACCCUAGUUACUACUACUGCUACCUUUAAUACCCCUACCUACUAUAUUAACAUUAAUACCGCCCUUGUCGCCUACAUCCUCAGCACCCUAUCGCCUACCUCUUAUACCUACUCGAGCGCCUCUACGUACCCUAUACCUAUACCGAUCGACUUUAGCCGUUCCUACGCCUACCACUCUUCCUCGCCUGUCAAUCGCGUGGCGCGCCUAGUCUACGACUACGACGACCCUACCCUUACCACCAUAACUAUUAUUUUAGAGGAGGAGGAUAAGGAGGAGGAGGUCGUAGAGUAUAUUAAUCUAGUUAAGUUUAUAGCUAGGACGCUAGGCGUUAAGAACGAUUAG